GCGCGCCCAGCCGCCGAGCCCGCGCCCGCGCUGUGGCAGCCCGACCUGGAGUCGCACAUCCCGUCGCACACCAUUGCCGUGCCGCGCCAGCCGGCCGAGCCCACGCCGCUCGACAACCUGCUGGCCGUGGCCGAGCUGGAGUUCAACCAGCAGCGCAGCGAGCGCCUCCUCGACCUGGACGGCUCGGAGCCCUACUCCUUCCUCCCGGCCGAGGAGGUCGCGCGGGACGUGAUGUCUUUCGAGCUCGGUGAGCCGAAGCAGGUGGAAGAAGCGAUGUACUACGAGAGGAAAGCGCCGCCCGAGCGCGGCGAGGAGUACUCGAGUGAGAUAGGCGCACACAAGGACCUCUUCGAGACCAUAAGUGAAGCCCACUAUUUACCGGAGCUCGGAGGCCCACAUGACGAGGAGUUGCUUGAAUCCUUAGUGGAAAAAGGUUGUGAAGAUAAUCAAAUCCUGGUAGACCAGGCCUUGGAUAAACUUAGUCAACUUGUGCACGGAUCAGGUGAAUAUAACGUAGAGGAUGAUAUGCUCCUGAGUGACGCUCCGGUUUCGGAUAUUAUGAACCGACUCGAACAGACGCUCGAAUCGCCCGGACAGAGCAGUAUCACAGCAGCGCAGGGUCUGCUGCACCUACAUCACAUAGGAGAUCACCUCUCCCAGGCAAACCAUUCACAAGUCAUGGAACAAUCGUAUAUGUCAGAGGAAGUUUUCGUCCCUGAGGAUACGUCUCAGUGUCCAAUGGAAUCUUUAGCUGCUGCUGCUACUGAGUUGCAGGAAAUGAAUGAGAUGAAUCAUAUGGAGUACGAUGAGAAUGUCGACAAGAGGCUAGAGUCGGACAUUGGAAACGUACAUGCCAUGUGUACAGAACAAGUACCUGAUUCACUUGACACUGAAACCGAAAUUAAAACUUACCAUGAGCUCCAGUCGCAAUCUCUGCCCGAUCAAAGUGAAAUAAAUACACCUAUCCAAACGGCUGAUGAUGUCACCAGUAAUGAAUGUUUACAAAACUGUGAACAAAUCUGUGCAAAUUCAGAAGAUGAACAUAAUUUAGGCCCCAAUGAGGAAGAAAUUCAGAAAGUUACCAUAGAACCAACUCAAGAUAACAGCAAUGAUGAUCAUGACGAGGAAUCGGCGAACGAAGAUAUGGUUCCUACAGACUUAAGUAUAAAGAGCGUGGAAAAGUCAAUAGCGCCUCUAAUACGUCCGUGUGAUACACACACGCCUCACCUUGAAGACAAUAUGUCUGUAAAAAAUGAAGAGCAGCCUAGAGAUCUGACAGUACACAGGCGGCUGCCUACUCCGCAGGCGUCGCCACGAAGAAUAGAACUACCACGCGCGCCGUCAAGGGAGUCCGACGCGAUGCAAUCCCCACAACCCAGUGGCAUCCCAGCCGUACCAAGUUCACCUGAAAUUUUUACUAUGCCUCUGACAAAGAGCAAACAAACAUUGUUUUUGGAAACACUACUUUCGUCACCCUCCCCUAAAAUGUACACCUCGGAAGUGACGAUAACAAAACAGCAAUGUGAGCCACUCAACUUAGGGAAACAUCGAAAAUCUGCCAGUCCAACCGUUUCCAGUUGCUCAGAUGAAAUUAAAAAAGUAAGCAAGGACUUUGGAGAACCUCAAGAAAAGAAAUUGAAGCGUGAAUCAAAUGAAGAGCUAGCGAAAGUUAGCAAAGUAUUUAAAACAGAAGACCACGUCGCUAAGAAACCUGAGCUGAAAAUUGUUGCGCAAUUACCCAUCGAUGAACCUACUCCACUUAAACAAUUACUGGUUCUAAAAUCAAAUCCUGAAUUGAACAUUCCAGAUCCACUAUUAGUCCCUAAGGAUAAGCUAAACGCUAUUCUCAUUGCUCCGGGCAGAGAGAUACCAGCACUACUUUUACAGAGGCCGGAGCUGAGGUUGCCACAAGCUUUGGCUUACCCGUCGGUUCUUCAAGAUCCCGACAUACUAGUCGUGUCAUUAGCGCAGAUAGAAACAAUAUUAGAGAACGAGGAGCUAAAAUCACCUUCACCGAGACCUCCAAAAGAAAAGGACCCUAAAUCGAUCACGUCGUCCAAAAACUCUGAGAAAUCAGGCACACCACAGCCUGAUCAAACUAAUCAACCUAAACCUAUACCUUCAAUGGACGCCCUCGCCGGAGACAUAGAUGCCGCUACGUCUGCCGCGCUCAACCAAAUGCUUUGGUUGCCGUAUCUAAGUCAACUAGAGGCAAUGGCGGCGUGCUCUCAAAACAUGGAUUUUCUAAAAGCUUUAAAUUCGGCCGGUUACACGGGGCAAAAUUAUCCGGACAUCUCACAGAUGUUUAACCAUUCCAACCGCUACAUGCCCCCGGGUGGUUUCCCGAUGAUGCCCCCAAUGGAUUACGACAAUCGAUUACAGUUCGCGAUGUGGCAAGAAGCGAUGUCACACGCGUCCGCGACGCACAGAUCUAAACAAGGGGCUAUGGCAGAGCAGAUGAAGGAGCUAUCUAAAUCCACUGAUGUCCAGAACCCGUAUGUACAUUCCACGAAGAACCAUCCGACUAAAACUCAUUCGUCUGCCCGGACGAGUCCUAUAGCCCACAAUUAUAAUAAUCAACGCGGCAUGGCUCACCAUCCGUUCCUGCAGGGUAUGUAUCCGGGCAUGAAUCCGAAUAUACGACCGAAUAUGCCACUGCCAGGUCUCCAAAUCCCUUAUUUCAACCCCCAAAUGAUGGGGAACCAGCGGUCGCCACGCACUGGACAGCAGAAGAGUCCGAGCUCUCCGUUCUACCCAAAUAACAACUACUUGCAAUCAGUGAAACAGUCGGAGAGUCAGAAUCACCAGCGAAAUGCUCCGUCACAAGAGUCUCCGCGGCCUCGGAUAAGUGUGAAAUCGUUGCAUAAUCUUCUGGAACCUUCUGCGGCGGCGGCUUCCGGAGUCGGAUCAUCUCGGCGGACUUCCACCACUCCUACGUCGGUCAUGGGUCGCCGGAGAGAUGAGCCUGAAGUCGGGAGCACGACGACGGGAGAGCCGACCCCUCACAUGCCGCCGCAUCCGCACGACCCGUCAUCGUUCCACCUCUGGCACCCACUGUUCGGCAAUCAAAAAUCAUACAACAGUCCAUGGAGUUGGACGACCGUGACUGCAACCGGGGACUGACCGCGGGUACCGCGCGGGCAUCCGCCUGCGCACUAGACGCCGCGGGGACGAGGAGGGGGGGAAUGAGGGGGAACAAGGAUACAGGGCUGAAACAUUCUGUACGACCUAGAAGUACAACGCUAUAGAAUAAGCUUCUCGUUCAAAUUUUAGUUCUUUGGACACUCGUAUACAGUUUCAUAACUUACAGCGCCAAAAUAGCGUCUAUCAAUUCGACAUAAAACAAAGUUAAAACAGCCUAUCCAGUGACAAUAUUGUCAGUCAGAGUUUUGUUGACUUACAAAUGAAGUGGUAACUACCGAUCGCUAUUUUCAACUCGAGAAUAAACAAAUAACUAACAAAGUAAAAUUAGGUAAGGUAUCCAACUGUUACUUUGAAACCAUCAAGGACUUCAAACCAAGCGAACUUAAAUGAGACAACACUUUCCUCGGCACAGUAAAUAUCUUGCUAUGAAGAAGGCUUUAUUAAGGCAGGGCCGCAAUUCCUAUGACAUUGGUGCUAGAUAAAUAGAACAUAGGCUCUAAAAUAAACAAGGAAAGAUAAGUUUAAAAUAGGAUAAAACUACUUUUAGACUUACAUUUUAAUUAGCACCAAUUAUUUCGCCAUUGUGAGUCGUUCAUUCGAAAUAAAGCCUCAUUUACACCAAGUCAGUAACUGAGUCGAGGAUUUACCCGGCAUUGACUCGAUUGAACGAGUCAACGAGUGAGUCGUUUAUUUCAUAACAGUUCAGUCAGUCAGUGAGUCGUUUAUAGUUCUGAAACUGCUUCAAUAAAUUAGCUUUGUUCUCUAGGUCGUACGGAAACAUGUGAGUGGCUACGGUUAGACUUUCAAAAGACAUGUUUGAUGUUAAUUUUCCAAAGGUUCUAGAACUAUUUGGUAUAAAGACAGUAGAUAAGUAUUUUAGUUGUGUUUAUCCUUGAUAUUAUUUAUUGUAUUAGUAUUUUGAUGUUUUCUUUUUCAAUUCAAAAAUGUAUGUGUGACGUUAAGCGGACAAAAAUAAGAAAAAAAUAUAAUUAGUGUCAAUAUGUCGCGUAAAUAAGUGAUCUAAUGUGGAUGUUUUCUUUCUGUCUUUAAUUAGUUCUUCACAUUUUUGUUAUCUAUGUAAGUAUUACGGUAGAGACACAUCUAACAUCCCACCAGCCGCCAACGAAACAACACAUGCACAGUGGCAACACAGCACCCUCAAUUUGUUAAUAGCAACAUUAGAUGUUGUCCAAAAACACUACACGCACCUUGAACCACCUUGGUUUAGUCAAUGCCCUAAUUCUCUAAGACAUGCAAAUUGUAAUGUAAGGAAUUUAUUUAGUGAUGUCAAAUUUAACACCUAUAUACAUAGUGGAACUGUAAGGUUCAACAUGAAGUAUCAGUAUAAUAAACAAACCCUGAGCAAAAAUACUAUUAUUCAAUUUGCCCCAACCAGGGUGGCGCGGGCGACACGGUACGGAGGGGUGUUGACAGUGUGUCCCUACCAUUAUUUUAAAAUAGAGGCUAUGAUUUAUGUGCAUAGUUUUGUUGCGACACGUAGCAUGUCUCGUUUCGUGACUUAGAGCUAUAAAAUAUUAUAUUUUGAUAUAAAACGUGUUACAAUUUAAUUAUUUUUAACGCUUAAUUUAUAUUAGUUAAAGUUGUGGCUAGUACUAAAAUACCCCAAAGUCUCAACCAUUGUGUUAACACUAAAUGGUAAAGCUCAAUUUCAGCUAUAUGGUGGCUAUAGAUGGCGACAAACUCGACGAAAGACUCAAGUUUUGCGUCGCAAAAUUAAUUUUGCGCGUCAAAUUCAAUGUGGCAAAGAAAACAAGAAACACCUCUAACAUAAUAUUGCUUUAAUCAGUAAUGAAAAGUUCAUAACUUUACUAAUAUAAAUUAAGCAAUACUUUUAUGGUCACCCUUUUACAUGACGUACCUUAACUACCUAAGUAAAGUCAAUCGAAUUUGAAUAACAGUAAGGUUCGUUUUUCCCCGCACCACCCGCCCCGUAGUGAACGAAUUGAUCCGUCCGAUGUCGUUAGCUCCCCGUAUCGUCGCCUUGCCGUAGUCGUCAUCGACAGGUGACUGUGAACAUGUCUUUAUGGCUCCAAAAUUGUAUUUCGCCAAAAAUCUAACUUGCUAAUUGGAAUUAUCACAUUACGUGAAAAUUAUCAUAGUUUACAUGCUCUCCAGGGCACGGAGGCGGACAACUCAGAUAACUCACUAACUCUGGACUGGUAACAAGAAUUAAUUAUUUUAACGUUUAAUUAACUCAAUAAGUACCUAAAAAUUAACUUAACAUUUAAGUAAAAUACCAGCAUAUCAGAAUAUCGAGGCUAAGUAGAGACCUUUGAUUUUAACAUUAAACAGGAUUUGGUUAGUGACAUUAAGCACUGGCAUAUGGUUUCACAUUCUAGCACGGUCGACGUUCAACCUGGCCCUUGAAGCAUAAAGCGAUAUAAAUGUCGUAAGUUAAAAAACUUACUUAACUAUUCCUCCGCCUUUACCUAUAAUUUCUACAAAAAAAAUUAUGUAAGUGUGAAAAUCGCGCCAUCUUACGCGUUGAAACGCGCGAUUAGACACGCGAGCAAAACGCCUUAUAUGAACAAGCUUUAUCGUAAAUGUCAGUGUAAACAUUUCCAAGAAACCAUUAAAGCUCUUGAUAUGUUUAAAAUAACUUAGGUUUCAGUUCAUUUUGUCGAUUAUCUACGUUAGUAACCUAGUUUCUGUAUACAGCCGCGCCGGAUCCGGUGGUCUGUAGGCAAGUACCUACUGCCUUAAUGUUUUUUUAAUUGCACACACGAGUCAAUGACUUCACAGCUAAUGCCGGUAACGUGGAAUGGAACGAAUAGUAAUGCUUCAGUUUUUACUGAGUCUAAUGGAAUAUCUACUACCUACAACUAAGUACCUCGACAGCGAAGUGCGAUAGCGUAAUAAAAUACCCAUGAAUAAAUAAUUCUACCAAUUUUAUUUAGCAUUUAACUAGUAAGGAAACAAAAUAAAAACUUAAACUGAAAUGUUCAAUUCAGACCUUUCAAAUUCCAGCGCGCCGUGGUUCGUUAUGGGAUAAUUUUUAUUUAUUAAUUUACUUAAGUUAUCAAGUUUAAUAAACUUCGUUCUGUAAAUUUGUCUUUGUAUUAAGUUGUCAAUGGUUUACCAUUUAAAAUAACACAAGUGUGAUCAUCUAUAUUUACCUACGAUUGAACUGCGGAAGUUAAAUGCGAUUUAUAUGGUAUUGAAGAAGCAUCAUCUAGUUAAAAUACUGGGAAACUGUACUGUCACUAGAUGGCGCUCUUUCUUAUCCUCGCUCGCUCUUAAACGUAGGUAAAAAAAGUCACACUUCUCAGACUAGACAGCUAACGUGGAUGUGACGUUAAUUUUCAAGAAAACUUUCUUAGGCAAAUAAAUGUACAGUGUACACGAAGCGUACUGCGUUCAAGGCCAUAAAGAUGAGUUCACACUCGCCGUCAAACCACCGGAACGGAAUUGCUUACAGAACCAACCUCAACCGGGCGUCCAUACAUAGAUACUAAUUGGUGAGUAAUUCACGGAUAAUUACACAGGACAGGACGCUCUAAUACCAUAUCCCUAAUUUAUAAGAUGGUGCAUCGGGUAUAUAGGCGGAAAGUGGAUAGAACAUUGUUAUACUUAACCCAAUAUAUUUACCUAUAUAACUUUUUAUAUGUUAUUGUAUUUUAGCAUCAAUCGGAAACGUUUCAUUAUUUUUACUUAUUGUAUUAUAUUGUGUAUUCAAUGUCAUUUAAUUAUUCAUACUUUCUGUAAAAGCUGUAGCUUUAAAUCAAAUCCUUGAUUCCCUUUGACAUUGCAAUCCUAUCGCACUCGUAACUGCCUUCACGUAAGUUCGCUUUUGAUAGUUCAUAUGACACACGUCAAAUAAUUCAGUCUUAGGAGAACUGGCAACAGUUAAUUGUAUAUAGAUCUUAAAUUUUGGAUUAAUUUUAAUAAAUAUUAUAUAUUUGGGUUAUGUAUAUUGAUGUUAUAGAAUUAUAAUUUAUUAAUUUAGUUGUGAUAUUUAUGAGGUACUGUUCGAGUCGCGCAUCAAAAAUUGGACAUAUUAUAGUAUAGGUAUGGGCUGCAGUUAAAUGUGUUAAAAAAAGUGGCAUAAUUUUAGCAUAUUAUUAUCUAUUUACUAUUUAACAUAAUUACUAGUUGUGCAAUAUGAUAUUCUUAUUUUAUGUAUAAUAUAGUAAACAGGGUUUUAUAUUGCAAAAUACCAGACAGGACAUUUAAUGUACUUUAUACAACUGAACAACCUAUACUUAUUCUAUGAUUUUAAUGGUAUAUUUUCUCUAGCUAGCUAUAUUUUUUCUUUCUCAUCAAACCUUAAUUGGUUGAGAUGUGUAACCACAAGUAAUCAAUACCAAAUUCAACGGACACGUUGUUUGCCACUCGUGUCUAGCCUUACGGCCUUAUAGCUAGUUAUAGUAGACAUACCAGACAUGCCAACAAAAAAAAAAGCUCCUUACUUUGGAUUAAUUGCAAUCCCAAAAAUGAGCUAUACAGUUGCUUUUCUAUUCAUCCAUUGAAAUCGUGGACAGCAAAUUGAUCCCCUCUUAAAAGGAACUGUCAAGUUGGAUUUCACGGGAGGUUGGGGGGAGGGCUCUGAUUUAAAAUUGUUGGUAUUUUACAAAUAACCUUGUGGGCAAUGAUGUUUUGAGUAAACAGAUAAGUUGUAUGAACUGUAUAAGUAGCAUGUUAAAACUUGGCUAAUUAGCCAAGUCCGUCGUAGACCGUCCUUUUUGCGGUAAACGUGUUUGAUAACAUUCGAAAAUUACGACUAGAAAACGUGCUAUAUUAUUUGCUAUAUCACUUACUAUUGCAUUCGCUAUUCAAAGUUUUCAUUUGUUAAAAUAAUUGAGGUCACUUAUUAGCAAUAUUACAUUAAAUAUAUUAGUUCAAUGUAACCAUCCAUCUCUUUUUAAUUACAACAUCAUUGCAGGUAUAUAUUGUAUGUAUUGUAGGUACUCGUAUAUUUCUAACAUAGAUACGGUGUGAAGGCCAGCCCAUAUCUGUGUGUCCAUGCGAUGGGUUCCGAGUGAGCGCAAUCCGAAAUGGUCUGUAAAUGUAUAUCGUAGUUAGAAAAGUUAAGAGGCGGUCGGUGCAUUUAAUUUAUGUAUGGGUCGAGAGCAGAUUGAAUUUGAAAUUUUAAUUCGUACAUUUCCGUUAGGUGUGUCCGUGGCUUUACAUUUCUGAGUAUAUGAAAUAUAUAUAGGGUCUCGUUCUAGAAGAACGCAAAUGUGCGAUCACUCUAAGUUCGCGCGAUUAUUUUAUUCGUAUGAACUCGCGAUUAGGUUAUGACGCAAGUUCUGAUUCUAACUUCGAACCGGCAUCGGCAUAGUACAGCGCGAUUAAAAUAUUUGACUACUAAAUCGGAAAACUGUAAUAGAUACAAUAUGAUCGGUGUAUUGAAGACAAAACGCAGCGUCUUUUUUUUUAAUCGCGCUACGAAAGCGGUCUGUGUGGACGACGCCUUAUAAAGAAAAGGUCGCAUAAUACUUCUGUUGAUAGUUAAAUUAAACAUUUUCCUAUGCAAUAGUAAAAAGCACAUUUCUUUUUAGAUAGGUAUUUACUUAUUAGUGUAAAAAAUUAUCCGUAAUGUUUAAUUAAUUGUAAAUUAUUUCAGAAUCAACCUGCAUCUCCUACUCUUUAUAUUUAUAUUUAGACAGGAAUAGGUUCACAAUUCCUGGAAAGGCAUAACUCAAGGUCGUUGUGUCAAACGAAUUCCAAUUUAAUCCCUAUAUAGUUAAAGCAUAUAUUUUAUCAACGUUUUCCUGACAUAAAUCUUAGUCCAGGAGUUGUCGACUUAUAAUUUCAUGACAAUCGGGCUAAAAUGAGAGCGGGAGAACGAAUAUUGCGAUCUCUCUUUCACUUUUAGGUAUUAGUGUAAGGUUGGGUUUACACAGCAUUGUCUUCAUGUUUAAGCGAUUUCAUACUAAAAGAUUAUUUGUCUAUGUUGCAUUGUAAAUGUAUGCGAGAAAUGUAGAUGAUGUUUUGACAUUUUAUUGUUUAAAUAAUAUUUUUGUGGUAAAUACAGCUACAUUAGUAACGAACACUGCAUCACCGAUUAAUGUUAAAGCAAACCUUAAAUAUUAAUUGAUGAGUUUUGGACAGUUGUAUAAGUUGAGACGCAUGGCAAUGCUGUAUGUAGUAAAAUAUAAGAUGCGCCUUAUAUAAGCUACGUUUGUAGUGUUCGGAAAUAAAUAGGUAUGCACCAAGUGAAUAAAAUGUCAGAAUAUUGAUAUACUUUUACUUUUUUACUAAGCAGCAAAUAACUGUAUAAAUAUUAACUACAUUAAGAUACCUAUUACCUACACAUUAAAACUUUAUUGAUAUUCACAUAUUGAUGUUACAAUAAGAAUUCGUUUAAGAAUUCCCUACACGUUCCGAUGGUAACGAAAAAAAUAGGAUGCCUAAUACUCUACACCAUCCGAUUUUAUCCGACUGUCUGAAGGUGUUGGGUUCUUUUAUAGUUAAGUAGCCGACGAUGUUAUAAUAAUAUUUAGAAUGAAGUAUAGGUGUAAAUUCGACCUUAAUAUUUAUGUAAUUGUAAGCUAAUAAUCUGCUCUCAUUUCAGUCGGCUUGAGUCUGCGUUAGAGACAUAAUAUUACUAUGUAAUUAUACGCCUGCGUUUACAUAAUAGCCAUUUACUUGUAAAUCAAUAUAACCUCAACCCCUCUGGCGUGACUUCAGUCUUUAUAUCGAGCAAGCACUUAAACUUUGUGACAUUAAAGUUGACACUUGUUCAUACAAGUCUCAAAAUUCAUGUCUUAAUAUGUAUACUGAUCGUCGUUUAGAUUUCAAUGACAUACAAGCCCCCUACGUCAUUGAAAUCAGGACAUCUUCGAAAGCACAUGUUCUCAAAUACGUCAGAGGCUAACUGAUUACAAUGCAGACCUGGGCCAGGAACUUGAUUUGAGAGGAGUACGCAAUACAUUGUUAGGUACUUUAUUCGCGCUGGAUAUUGCUCAUCCAGCCGUCCAUCGCGUCGCUAAUGACUUGUCACCAGCGAUCGGCUCGCGCGGUCGCGGCCUCACUAAUAGGCACUAAAUCGAUACUGACAACUGCUAACGAAGCGUCGGCCCGGCUCCGAUGAGUCUAAAUGCAAAUUGACUAAAUUGACGAUCGGUUUGUGUUAAGUCGUAAUAAAAAUUGAGUCACUUGCUCUUAUAUUAUGAUACACCAAGCUAUAGCAAUAUACACUGACUGCUUAUGUAUUUAUAGUCAGUUAUAAUUAGAUAAGCUGACUGACUGUCAGUCAAUUAUUGAGUGCCUAGUGCCUAGUAAGAGAUUUUCUUACGUUUACUUAUUCGAAAGGUAACUACGAUUUAUAUGGUAUCAAAAGAGCGCCAUCUAUUUACAACACUGAGAAACUGUAUUGUCAAUAGAUGGCGUUUUCUUUACCAUAUACAUCGUUUCACGCGAUAGAAUAAGUAAACGUAGGAAGAAAAUCUCACACUUCGCACCCUGUACAAUCCACGUCACGCUGUGCGCCGCGCGGCUGCCGCGAUCCUUAAAAUGAGACGUCCUGUUGCAAGACAUCGCAGCAGCCGCGAGUCCUCGUCGAUGUGCGAUCAAAUUACCGCACUUAUUGCGAUUUAUAUUUUAUCGAAAAAGCGCGAUCUAGUUACAAUUCUAGGGAACAGUUGUAUCUACUUCGCUCUGUUAACAUAUUGCCAUAUCGCUCGAUACCCUAUAAAUCGUAGAUAACUUUCACGCUAUCAAAUACAUAAACGUAGGAAGAAAAUCUCUAGUUUUGAUUUAUGUCACCUUGAGUUGGUUCAUUAGUUACAUACGUUUGCACAUAGGUAUCUAAUUAAUUACGAGGAAUUUCGUGCAGAAACGGGGAAAUUAAACACUUCGUGCUAGAACUCUCAGUCUAUUUUUAUUUCCUUAUAACCUAGAUAAAGGUUAGUUAGUCCUACAAGCUUGUAUAGUUAGUUCUUAAUAAUUUACUAUAACUAAGUACCCAAAUAAAAAUAAUAAUUCAUAUAUAGUUUAACUUACCUGCCAUAGGCGUUCAGUAUGUUAUUGGCUUAGUGUUAUAUAGGGUAGGAGCAAGUGACUCCUAGUUUUGUUACAACUAACAUAAUUACUUUUUUUCGGUGAAACUUACUUUUUGUUACGAUAAAAACUUUUCCACUUUUUUAUAUACUUAGGUAAAAUGGAUUAUGAAAACGCAGACGACAUCGAAUGACAAUUUCUUUAUUAAAAAAUUAUAAUAAAAAUCAGUAUUUAUUUCGUUAUUUUUUAAGUUUUCAAUGAUUUUAAUUGUUCUUGUUGCUUUCCUUGGGAAUCUUUAUCGAUUUUUUAGAUUUAGUAAGUACAGUAUUUGUAUGCGGAACGGGGAUCGAUGCCGCAAAUCAUAUUUAAAUAUUAUUAAUUGUAUAAUUAUAAGAAAUCGAUGUUUGUAACCAAUGUCGGAUCUAAUUCUAAUCGGCAUAAAUACUUUUUUAAUGUAAAAUUCCAUUUUUCUAUUCCGGUCUGUAAUAAAAGUUAAGCUCGGGCAAUCAAGCACCUAAUUCCGUAGACUUAGGAUGAUUCUUCGUUGAGUAAAUUGGACUUUUCAAACAUAACUUCAACAUAAUGCACUUUUUUAAAAUUUCAAUUGCAUUUUGUCUAGUGAUAGGAUUAAGCCGCUACCACUGGCAAAGCUGUGGUGCUAAGCAGUUAAGAGUGUUCCAUAAAAAGGCAUCGAUACUAGCUAAUUUAGAUUAACUGAUACUGCAUCGUCACCAUAAGGUAAAGUCUCAGUCAAACGUUAACAGAGUUUAAAAAAAACUGCAAUUUAUUAUUUUAAUUAUUUCUUUAAAUUUAAAUAUUAAAAUUAUUUGAAAAUUUAUUGCAUCGCACUAUUUUAAUAAUUUCGAAAUCCUUGUAUGAAAAAUUACUACAUUUCGUGCACAGUUAAGAUUUCAAAAUCUUAGAUAAAUCAGGGCCCUAAUGUUUCGUGCAAUAUCUUAGCUCGCCCACACAAGAUAUAAAAAGAUUAAUUAAACCAAAAUGCAUUAAGAAGUUGAACAAGUCAAAAUAAUAGAUGCAAUUGUCCGAGCUAGGCUUUAUGGUUGUCUCAACCGGUUAGUACCGGUCACAGGUUUGAUUCCCCGUUAACGGUUGUUGAAUUAUCGUUCGUGAAUAGUAUUUUCCAAAAGUUUCCUGAAUGUAAUGGUUUGAGAGCCGGUGGAUAACUAACUAUAUAAAAUGCUGGAUUGGUGUUGAGGAGGGCUUACUUUAUAACAAACUUUCAGCUUUUAUCAAGCACCUCCUCAAAUGUUUCCGUCGACUCUCCGACUAUACUUAUUGAAUAAAUCAAAUGACGCUUCUAAAGUGUACUAUUAAUUAAUUAAUUACAUAAAGUAUGUAAAUAUAGGACAACUAAUACCUAUAAUAAUAGUGAAUGUUGUAAUUUGUAUAUAAGUAACGAAAAUUAAAUUUUAAAUACAUAGAUACAAA